AUGGAUCCUGAAGAUGUGGGCUGUUUAUCUCUCUGUAACCACUCGCUAUUGGAAACCCUCGGUCGUGAUGUGUGGAGGCCAUUAUGUCCUGAGUCGACAUAUACCCAAAAGCAGUUUUUAACAAGACUUGAAAGAGACAUUCCGACACAUUUCUUCUGCCAUACCUGCUCAGCUCUCCAUUUGGGUGAGCAAGUUAACCCGCCAGGGCCGAAGUACUUUGUUCACAAAAAGAUUCCUUGCGAUGAUCAGUAUUUGGUGGACAACCUUUCCGUGAUCACUGAUGCGCACCCAAGAGAAUCUGCGUAUCGAUUCAUAUACUUCCAUGUGAAGCUCGCUAUGAAACGUCAUUACUAUGGGCCAGAGCACGGCAUCUCGACGGAAUCGCUCUUUUUCACCGAAGUUCAUGACAAUAUCAGUAACACGACGCUACUAUCUGCGGAAGCUCGAAUUUGUGAAGGGCCACGUCUGUGCAUGCGGUUUCAAACCUGGGCGGUAGCCUAUGCCCCAGAUGCUGAAGCAUUUGUUGCCGAGCCGAAAUUUCUAAGCGUAUGCGAGCAUAUUAAUAUGAAAGGCGACGUUCUUCCUCAGAUGGUCAAACUUGCAUUUGGGAAACUCAAGUCAGGGACUCCUGUGGCGCCGAAGACUUUGACGUGUGAGAGUUGCUAUGUUGACUACCAACUGGAGAUGAAGCAAGUUGGUAGUCCUGAUAAUUUUUCCCUGGUUAUCACGAAAUGGCUUGAUCUUGGAGCUGGCCUCACCGCAAUGGACAAGAAAUGGCUCAGAUAUACAUUUAGGACCACCUUUUAUGGUACACAGCAGCCUGGAAUUGCGAUGGCGUUAUUUGAGAGCGCACCUGGGCCAUCAUUGGACUCCAUAACUCAGACAAACAACUCGUAUCUAGUUGGAGACCGGUAUAAGGUACUCAUGGAGCGGUGGGCAUGGUGUUAUAUCAAACAGUAUGGAAAGUGGUCCACGGCGAUGAAGCGGCGCACUGCGGUGCAUUACUUCCUCAGGUCUGGAAUCAUUCUUGGCUUUAUCGUUGGGAUGAUUUGUGUUAUCGUCAUUACGGUCAUUGAUAAUAAACGCAAGAGAGAUUCUUAG